UUGUAUGUGCGCAUUCAAUGUUCUCUAACGAUGGAAAGUCAAGGGAGAGCGUUUUACGCGUACCGUAAUACUUCAUACAUGGCGGUAGUAAAUGAUUUUCGCAAUUUUUGAGCGACCCAGCCGAGCACGCAUCUUCCCAAGACGCACCAGCCCUUUCAUGAUCCUUCAUACAAGCUGUGGAAUAUUCUGGAGAGUACCAGCAAGAAACCUUAGAACUAGAGCCAGUCUUUUUAGACAUUGUUGUUAGUCAGCUCAGACAUCCGUACCAGAGAGACUAAGCAAAUCGCGGAUUAAAUUUUGGCAUCAGUUUGACUGUCCUGCUGUCGUCCAGCAGCAGUGAUGGCUGAAGGCGGUGACCGACGGAGGCAUCCCCAGAACCUCCAGGGUGUGUUGCGGUUGGCAGUCGAAGCUGGCUCUGCAUCAGAAGGUCCGAUGCCCCACGAACCCUUGUCAGAAGAGACCAAGGCGUGGUUGAGGCAGGCCCUGGCAGAGGCAUGCAAAGGACAGAUGGAUGAGGUCGAGCAGAUGAAGGAAUGCAUAAAAGUCCUGCGGGCGGAUUGGAACGCGGGAAGACAGAGGGAUGCAGAGGACGGGGAGGAAGGAGAGGAGGAGCAGGAGUCUGCGCUGGAGCUGCUCUCGGAUCUGUGUGAGAAUUUGGACAAUGCGAGAGACCUGAUGAAGCUGGGAGGCCUGGACCUGUGCGUGUCGUCCCUGCUGUGCCACCCCCAGAGUGGCAUCCGCUGGCGCGCUGCGCAGCUCAUCGCCUCCUGUGCCCAGAAUAUGCCCGAGGUGCAGUCCCACCUGCUUGGGCUGGGGGCACUCAAGACACUGCUGCAGCUCACCGACCACGACCCCAACCCCACCGUCAGGGUCAAAGCCCUCUACGCCGUCUCUUGCUUGGUGAGGGAGAUAGAGGAGGGUCUUCCAGAGUUCCUGACCCAAGAUGGCUUCUCCGUGCUCAUGAGGGGCAUGCAGUCAGACAACGAGAAGCUCAGGACCAAGUCAGCCUUCCUCCUCCUCAACCUGCUCACUGCACACCCAGAAAACAAAGAUACGGUGUUGGCCAUGGGUAUGGUCCAGCAGCUUGUCUCAGUGCUGCGCUCCACUCAUAGCUCAGUCCAUGAGCAUGUGCUUGGCGCCCUCUGCUGCCUGGCUGAGGACAACCGAGGCAUAGAGGACUGCAGAGCGCCAUCUCUUGGUCUGGAAGAAUUACUGUCUCAGAGGGCUCAGGAGCUCAAGGGUAAAGAGGAGAGCCAGGAGGAGCUGGAGUUUUGUGAGCAGCUGCGGUCCAAGUGUUUCCAACGGCAACCGCAGGACGACAAUGGGAUGGACCGAUGAUGAACUCCGUGAUGAACUCAGUGCUGGUCAAUCAGGCAGGACUCAAAGCCAUAGCCUAUCUCUGACCUGGAGGACCUGCCCCCCUGCGUGUGUUUGUUUGUGUAACUGAGUUAUCUCUCAGGACAAGAGGCAGCAACUAAAACUGGACUGGAGGACAGUACAGCAGCAACAUAAUCCACGCUACCAAGAGAGAUGCUUGAGGUGCUCUGAAUUUUGGUUGAGGAAGGCUGAAUGCAACAGAGAAGACAAGGUCAAAUAGCCCCGCAAAAGGACGAUUGAAUGACUGGUGAAAAAUUGUGAAAUUGUAAUCUGUGGGUAGGUUUACCCAGACACCCCCAACAGCUGUGUGUGUUCUGACACACACAUACACACACACAC